AUGGCAAACUUGGAAGCCGUUUUUGCCGAAGAUAUGCAGUGUCCGGUCUGCCUGGAUAUCCUUCGUCCUCCUGUUCGACUAUGCCAAAACGGACACGCAACUUGUGACGAUUGUCAUAACAAAAUUGACAGAACAUGGCACACAACAAGGUGUCCACUUUGUCGGGGGGACUUCCGACCAGACCCUUGCCCCGUCAAAGAGCAGCUUUACUACUCUAUGAAGGUGAGCUGCAAAUUUGACGGGUGUAAGGUGAAAGGGUACGGAAGAGAAGUUGUUCGUCACGAACGAAGAUGUAUACUUCGGGAGGUACGGUGUUCCAAAGCUAAAGAGCCUGUCAGGGGAAAGCCGAUGUUCACUGCACCCAAUGUUCAUUUCUUGGAAAACCUGCGGUUCGAAAAGGGUUGUAAAACGGAUUAA